UAAACUCCGCCUCUCUCUCUAACUUUCUCUAGCUUUCAGUCCAAACGAACGGUUGUGUUUCGAAGACAUAGCAAGCAAUAGAGAGAAAGAAAGGAACACAUAAAAACACUCUAAUGGAUUUGCGUUUCCACGAAGGAGGAGGAAGCAGCGUUUGGCAGAAAUGCUCUAGACACCGUUUCAUCUGCGGUGGCGGCGUUUGUCCUUACUGCCUCCACGAACGUCUCUCCUCACUCUGCCCCGACUGCGCCCGCGAUAUCCCGUGUUCUUGUACCCCACGCGCCUCCGUCGACGUAGAUGUUCCCUUCGCUGAUGUCGGAUCGGUUGGCCGCGUUUCCAGCCUGAUCGAAUGCGAGCCGGCGUUUAGGAGAUCCACAUCAAUGUCUGUUCCGUUUCUCCGGUCUACUAAACCGGAACUGGUUGAGAAAACCGGACCUGGUCGUUCGCUCUGGAGGAUGUUCAGAAGAGAGAGUAAAAGCAAGACUGGUACGAUGAUGAUGAGGAAGUCGAGAUCAGUCGCAGUCUCUGAUGCCGGAGAACUGUUGUCUUCUCCGGCGCCGGUGACGAGCAAGGGAAAUGGUUGGUACUUUCCAAGUCCGAUCAAGGUUUUCCGACAAUCAAGAAUCUUGUUUCAACAAAGAUCUCCUUUGUACAGAGGUUGAACUCUAGGUUAUUUUCAGUUUGGUCUCUCUUUUUUUUUUUUUUGCUAAAUGCUUUUUAUUUUGUUGAUCAAUAGUUUGAUUAAUAUGUUUCAUAAUGAUAAUGUUGAUUUUUUACAUGAAUCUUGUGUCACCAGCCAAGCUCAAACACGCUAUAUAUUCUCAAAACUCAAAUGUUUACUUUCGUUAAGGGUCAUUGAACCAAUUAAGUACUUGAAACAUAUGGUAAUGUUUUCUAAACUAUAGAAAGUACAAACACUCAGUUAUCGAGUAAUAGAUAAAGUUUGAUGGCUUUGUAAAUAUUUUUUAACAAAAACGAGAAGCAGUAACAUGGUUACAUGUGCAUGGAAGCCCUACCAAACACGUGAAUGAAGCAGUCCCCAUUUUUUAUAAUACUAUAAAUCUAUUUGCAAGAAACAAAAAGGGAAGAAGGAACGGGAAAUAGGGGAACGUGAGAGGACAUAGAAAAGAGAGUCCGACAAGGAGUGGCGACAAACAUACGCACACGGUUGCACCAUCCCUCUCCCAUGUCAUCAUCACCAAUUCCACUUCUCUACUUUUUUCCCUAAUAAACCUUUCAACCUUUUAAUUUUUAUAAAUUUAACACCUAUAGAGUAUUUCAAGGGUCAUAUUUCAAUCAUUCUCCAUGUUUUCUCCUUCUUCUUUUUUUGAAACUUUCCAUGUUUUCUUCUUUUGAGCUAUAUGGACUUCAAGAUACUAACAUGUAAUAAGGAUACAUACAAAAUUAAUUUUUUAGAAAGAUAUUUAUAUUAGUCUUAAAUCUUAAUUGUACCAUCUUAUACAAUCUUUGUCGACUGGAUAUCAGUAUUUUGUACAUAAUCUGGAGUGUUGCUCAAAAGAAACAACCAACUGUGGAGUUUACUUGUUAUGGAUUAUUGGAUUGGAAUCAUAUAUCAUCCGGAUUCCCUGCACCCAUCUCUUGGACCCAACACCCCAUCAUCGACAGAGACAUAUCAACUGCCCUUAAAGCUCCUUUUCCAAGAAACCCUUAAUUUACAUGGUUGGCACAAAGCGAAGCUCAUGCAUCUUCACUAAUGCCAUGAUUUAGGCCCAAUUCAUCAUGCAUGGGAAAGUACCAAAUCAUGGUAGACAAGCUUAUAUCAAUCAAGUUUGGAGGCAUCAAGAAUCCUAUUUUAAUUUCUUGCAGUUAUAUCUCACGGGUAUUUUUACAAGGUUAAAUAUGUUUGUUUUUAUCUGAUUAUUUUAAUUAGAACUUCCAUCUUUCUUGGGGUAUUUUACUAUUUAGGUCGUCACACAUGAGAUGCAUGUUCAAAUUUUUUUUUAAGGCAAUGCAUAUGUUCAAAUUGUUUUGAUGUUUUUUCACAAAAGGAAUGUCAUUUUCAAAUACGAUCUGAUCUAGAUAACUGUUCACAGCAGCCUAGCUAGCGCCCUGAUUACCAUCGUAAGUUAAUAGCAUUGGGUCACA